AUGCCUGCCGUGCCAGAGCGAAUCGCGGUGAGUUUGAGUUUGGGGAGGGCUGAGGAAUGCGCAAAAGUGGGGAUGCGUGUGGCGGUGAUGGAGCAGCAUGUGUGCACAUCAAACACUAACACUCGCGCACCCGCACGGCUGAUGGAUCAGGUGAGCGAUACUGCAUCUCUUCGACAUCACUUUGACGAUCUGAGCAUCGCGCUGGCAGAACCCGAGACGGAAAGUUCUUGGCAGAGAUUGGAUCGGGCAUUGUUGACGUUGGAAGCCAUCACAAAGGGUGGAGCUUACAAGUUGGAAGAGUAUGUGCCCAGAUUAAAGGCCAUUGCUCACAAUAUCUGCCAUGCGGUGAGUGGCAUGCCGUGUCAUGUGCGCGUGCGUGGCGGGGCGGGGCGCGCUGACACCUGACACCUGCCCUGUGCACUGUGCCCCCUCUGCCUACCGCCCGCCCCCUCUGCCUGCCCCACAGCUUCUAUCGGACAGAAGCAAAUUAUCGGGCACAGCAGCCGAUCUGCUCAAUUCCGUCGCCCCGCGCCUAGCAGACCGAUUCGAUUCGCUGGUCUCCUGCUUUCUGCCUUCGCUCUUGCAACUAUGCGCUCGCACAAACAAGGUUCAGCACAGUCGAGCUCGCAAGACGUUGCUGCUCAUCGCCAAGCACUGCAAAUUAUCCUCCCUCUUGCCCCUUUUGCGGGAAUGUAGCAGGGACAAGUCCAAUGCUCUGAGAAGCGCUUGCGUCGAGUGCGCCGCUGUGCUGCUCGAGAGCUGCGAGGGCGAUGCGGGCAGGAUCGGUAGGAGAGUGGCAGAGGUGGAAUUGCUGGUGAAGAAUUCGGCUACGGAUGCCAAUGUGGAAGUGAGGGCAUUGAGCAAGCGCUUGUUCGCCACCUAUGUCACCCUGUGGCCCGAGCGUGUAGAGAGGUGAGUAGGCCAGCCAGCGGGCAAUGCCAUGCAAUCAUCUGCCGCUUCCUUUCGCUUCGCUGAUCAGACUGUGGGGAACGCACGUGAUGCGGAUUUUGGCAUGUGCACAGCUUCACUGCACCUUUUACUCCCACGAUCAGACGAUACUUGGCAUUGCCAAAGACGGGCGGCUAUGUGCCUCCUCAGCUCAGCAUGCCCGCUCUACGCUCCAGCGCAGCCUCCGAUGGCCCCAUGCUCGAAUCCGAGUUGCGUGCUGGCAAUCCUACACGAGCGGCAUCCAUCGCGGAUUCGCCCAAGAAAUCCCUGUCUCACAGUCAGGCAAACAACGGCUUGAGAUUCGUCAAGGAAAGAGCAAAUCACGCUACGGUAGGAGCUGCAAUGUCGAGCGUAGGUGGUGCGCAACAUGCUCAUCAUCAUCAACAACAACAACAGCAACACGCAUUCGUGCCUAGCGCAUCCACCAAUCUUAAUCACAAGAACUGGAGUGCCCAGUCGCAGAGCUUCAAAGCUUCUCAUGGAUCAGGUCUGAACGUCAAGGUGCAGCAACUCGCCCCUACUGCAGCAGCAUCAUCGGCAGGACCAGACACGUUUGGCCGAUCAAAGACCAUGUUUGCCCUUCCCAGCAGCACGUCCGAUGCCACGUGGAACGCGAACAUGACGCAAGCGUCGUACCCUUUCAUGCCCAGUCAAAGUCAACAAUCUCAAUCUCUGUUGAAUGCGCAAUCUCAAGCGUCUGCAUCUGCAUCUGCAUCUGCUGUACCUACUGCUCCGCUCUUUGCGCUUGGUGGAAGCACCUCCUCCUCCGCCCUCUUUAGCGCAUAUGCCCAAUCCUUUGGCAAGCAUGCUCGAACGCACAGCAAUGCGACGGGUGCAGGUGCGGGUGCAGGUGCGGGUGCAGGUGCGGGGAUGGAGCAGCAGCAGCAAAUGCAGCAAAUGCAGAAUAGACCCGCAGCUCAGCGCAGCCAAACGACAGCAGAGCCUGGCGCUCAUGCGCAGCUCGUCCGUUCGGAAAAGAUGCGCGGAAGGGAGCUGACGGCGUUGGGAGAGGAUGGGGGUGGGAGUGAAAAUGAUAGGAUAAACAUUCCCGCGACGUCGACAGAGAGGCAGCAGAUUCAGAUUGCAGAUGGACAAAACACACCUCCAUUGUUGCAGGAAUGGAAUACGACUGCUUCCGUUUCUGCUACUGCUACUGCUUCUGCGCCGGCUACCUCUUUGGCAAGUAGGACGCGCGUGCAAGAUGCCAUAGCCCAAGCACCCCCAACGGCAACAUCAACAGCGGCACUAGCGUCAUCCGCAGCCAUCGAUGCGCCCGGUCCACACCGCCCAAAGGCUUCUAGAAUCCUGCUCAGUGCGGUGCAACCCAGCACGGUCGUUCGAUCUGCCCAACCCUCAGCAAUUAGAGUGCACAAGACUUUGCCCAUCUCCAAAGCAGCAGCAGCAACAGCAGCGUCGACGACGAGUUUGCAACAGGAGACGAUUUUGCUCGUGGAGAGUGGGGAAAGCGAAAGUCCUACGGUGCUGCGCGAGGCGAAUUUGCAGAGCAGAAAAAUCAAAGAGGAACGCAUGAUUGGAGAAGGGGUGGGAUUGGAAGUGCAAAGCGAAGCUGAUGCGCAGCAGCAGCAGCAGCAGCAGCAGCAGCAGCAGCAGCAGCAGCAGCCACGACAACAACAAGAACAACAUGCAGAGACGAUCGGCAUGAAGCAAGAGCUGAGCGCGGAAGGGCAAGUAGACGAGGCCGAAAUCGAGCGUCGUGUCGACUUGCCAAUCUGCGAACAUUCUGCUGCGCAUGUGCAAAGCCUCGACGAAAAGAGCAAGAGUGAGGUUGCGAGGGUGCAUAGAGCACGCGAAGCGCCUCCAAUUGGCAAGGUGACGAGCUCCACCUCCAAAGCUCUUGCGGGCAAAAGACGAGCGUUGGGUCCUUCGGCUGGAAUAGCCGCACGAGCUGCAUGCAAAGUCGGAGCCGGACAUGCGCGCGAGAACGGUAAACGAGCAGCGCUUGUGAGUGCCGCUGCUGCCGGUGGAAUGUCUCGAUCUGAAAGUGGCAAGAAUGUGGAUAGGAAGGAGGUGGAGAAGGAUGUUCGACCACACUCGCCGAAUAAAGUCAAGACGCAACGUCCUGCUGCUGCUGCCAAUGCUGGUGCUGCAAGCAAGGGCGCUUCCGCACUCAAUGCCUCGGCCAACGUUCGACCGGCUACGAAUAGCCAGGUCAAAGCUUCUGCAGCGACGAGCAGACCACCUCCCAGCACCUCCAACGCCUCUGGUAGGAGAGUGGUCAGCGCUGUUCCGCCCUCUUCUAGAUUGACCAAUAGUCUUGCUGCGAGCACGAAUGGCAGCGGCGGUGCGCGAGAAAGGUUGACGGCUAGCGUGUCGGGUCGACCAGCGGGCGCGCAAGCCAAAGUUCAAGCUCCACUUCCCGCUGCUGCUGCUGCUGCUGCUGCAGCAUUCAAAUCGAAUGGCACCUCUAACGGCGCUAGCAUUGCGAGCUCCAAGCAAGCGCAACUACCCGCUACAGCUGCACCUCGCACAAAGGGCUUGCCGAGCUACAUGCAACCUACUGUAGCUUCUGCGCGCACGACGACGAGCAAAGCUGCUCUGUCCGCUUCCACCUCCACUGUGCGAGGUGCUCCUCUGAUCAAACGAGCAACGGCGACAGAUGUGCGAGGCAAGAGUCUGAAGGACAAAGCGGUGCUUGGACCUGGACCUGGACCUGGACCGCCCAUCUCUGGACGUGCGAGGGGUCACGCUUCCACGCUCUCGGGUGAGCAGGAGGAGUCGCAAGCAAGAAAAAACACAAAGGGCAAAAGUUUGCGUCCUUCGCAGAGAGCUGCUAUGAGGUUGGCAGCUGCUAAAGCCAGCGCGGCUUCUUCGCCUGCCAAAGGAGCUGCAUCCGCAGCUGCUACUGGCGCUGAAGGUCAAAGCAUGCAAGGCUCGCCCGCCAAGAUGCAACAAGAACAAGAGCAGAUGCGACGUGAUGCUGAUGUGCAGAAGGAGGAGCAUAAAGUGUUGGAAAAGUCUGAAAGGCGCGAUGAUGGGCAGGUGGAGGAGGAAUUGAGAGAGGCGCUGCAGAAAGCUCUGGGAAAUGUGGCGGCGGAUCCUAAUGGAGAUGCUCAGGACGAUGUCGAGGUGCUUGGCGAGGCGCAAGCCGUACUUGCACCUGCGUACGAGCAUGAGCAUCAGGCACGAGCGGCUCGGCAGGAAGAUGUCGAGGCUGUCACGCUUGCCGAAGGGGAGCGAGAGGCGGUGGAGCCUGUCGAAGAAGUGAACAAUCCGGAAAGUGUAGAGGGUGAAGAGCAGGCAGGCAAUGUGGACGAGGAUCUCGCCGACUCGCAGACGCACGAGGAGGUGAUUGAGGAGUGCAGCAAAGACGAGCUAGAGCAGGAGAGCAUUGCUCAUGAGGCGGUGUUGGAGGAAGGCGCGCCGCAUUCGCUUCAUGAAAGCGAGGAAGCGAAAGCAGAAGCAGAAGCAGAAGCAGAAGCAGAAGCAGAAGCAGAAGCAGAAGCAGAAGGCGACUUGCUGGAAGAAGAGUUGAAUUCUGCAGCUUGCCGGUCUCCGACAGAGUCGCAAGCGCCGUCAAAGGUCGGUACUCCUUUCAAUCCUCGAGCGACGGUGCGUUCGGCCCGCACCAGUCCGAGCAAGAGCAAGUCCAGCACGCCCUUUACACCACACAGAGUGGACAGGUGCCUCAAUAGCUCUCCUAUCAAAGCUUCGGGCACGACCGCUUCUGGAAGAAGCGCAAGACCUCUCCCUCGAUCAGACGACGCCCCUCGAACGCCCUUGGCUGAGCUGAAUACGUCCGCAACGUCUCCGAGACACGCUUCGCCAGAGAAGGAAAGGAAGAGCAGCGUGGAGGCGAUCAAGGUGUUUGCGAGAGCAACACCUUCCCCUAGCAAAGCCCUCGCAGCUCUCAGACUCGCCCGCACCUCUCCUGUCAAAAUAUCACCGAACAAGAAGGAAAGCGCUGCUGCCUCGAGACCCGUCUCGCCCAUCAAGCAAGCACAAGAAGCAACAUUGCCCCACUCUAGAUCAUCCUCGCCCAUCAAGCUCUCAUCGCGCACAUCCUCUCCCUUGCGUCGAGCAGCACUAGCCAACGUCUCCAUGUCCUUCUCUCAAACGUCUGCGCGUGCCUCUAUCGCCCAUUCUCCCCUGCGCUCCAACUCCAUCUUGGGCGCAAGAGCUGGAGAAAUGGUGCGUAACGACGACGACGACGGCAAUGAUGCUAGCCUUCUUUCCGAGCGCGAGCGCGAGCACGAGCGCGAGCGCGAUCACCGUCAUCAUCAUCAUCAUGACGAUUCAAUCGCUGGCGCUUACGAUUCGGAUAUAUGUCCCGAAGAUUCCAUCGACCUGAUCAAAGUCUCAGCGCUCGUCUCUACUCCUCCUCUCCUCUCCAACCCUUCUGCUCCACCUUUACCGCUCAAGCAGCGCAACGUCGACUCUUCGCCUCCUGCUGCUGCUGCUGCUGCUGCUGCUGUUGUUGGCAAGUUGCAAAGUCCCACAAAGGAGGCCGCGCGAGGGUCUGAUGGGGUAGUACAGGCACAGGAAGAGGAGAAUGAAGAGCCUGGACGGAUGCGAGGGGAGCUAGAGCAAAGAGAAACAUUGCCUAGUCCGCCGCUGCCGGCUAUGAGGAGAUCUGCUAGGGUGCGCAACAAACCCGCUACGCUGCGCACUUGA